CUUACAACGCUCCCCUGCUCCCACGGCAUCCACGCUGAAUGUCUCGUUAAGUGGACGCAGGUCUAGGAUCCAAACGAGUUUCGAGAAGGCCAGAUGCGAUGCCCCAUGUGCCGCGCGCAGCUCCUCUAUCUAUGCGGCGACGUCAUAUCGAAAUACUUCCUCCGUCCCGGCGUCAAGAUCCUCCCAAGAGAGCUCCAGACAUGUUGCCCCUUAUAUUCGUGGGCUACAGAUUCGCACUCCGUCCCCGUGGCCGGCCGACCCCUAUGCCCGACAAUAAUGCAACAGAGGGAAAUACUUUUGGAACAGCUGUCAUCUAUAUUAGGCCCAGAAAACCGGGGUACUGUUCAGUACCUUAGCUGGGAUCAAACCCAUCCGGGGGCCGAGUUAUUCCGCACCCACGACGACGACGAUCCAUACGCGCCCCCGAACAUCAUCCCGACCGACGGAGAACUUCACCUCAACCGCCCAAAUGUCCCCGAAGGGCGAGGCGAUUGUUGGGCCCUCCGCCCCAAGCAUCACGACUUCCACUUCAGGAUACACCCCGAAGACGACGUCGAGGGAGAGGGGGUACUUUUCUUCACCAAACCGCUCGUCAUCGUAGCUCUAGAAAACGAGUGGCCCGUGGUAGUCGACGCGCAGAUCAACCUGCUGAGGGGCCUGUUCGAAGGCUUUCGUCAGAAUUGGCCCGACGAAAUCCUGCCCGUAAGCCCUACCGCCUUCGGAAUGCUCUCGGAGGCGUACGAGAAGCUGAAGGUCAAAUAUCUCGUUUUCAAACGCCAGCACGAGGGAUUCAUCGAACUGGGCCCCGUAGCGUUGAAAUACCGGGACGCGGCCGAGCACGAGUUGCAGGCUAGGCUAGAUGACUUUUGGCAGAGAUUCGAGUGGACUCGUAAAGAGUUGAUCGAGGCGUACCAGCGCGUAUAUGGUCAGAGACACGAGAUCAGUUUUUUUGACCAGGUGGGGUUUUGAGUUGGUUUCACUGGAGCGACUAACACUGGUGCGGAAUUGAUUUC